CGCCCAAACCCUUGUCCUGUGAAUUGAAGAAAACUUCCCUCUUCUCUCUUUCUCUUUGCUGAAGCGAAAUUCGCCGAAGACGAUAAUGGCGGAAGAAGCUCCUGCAUCUGAAACUUCCGUCACAGUGCCUCAACCUGAGCAAGCUGUCGCCGUCGACGGAACCCUAAACCCUGGUGAGCACGACACAAGCGGAACCUUUGUCGAUGCAACCUUGGAUUCCGCCGCGCGCAGCGGCGCUGAGUCGAUAUCCAACGCAGAAACUUCUGGUCUGGCGUCUCUGGACUUGGCGGAUGAGCUGAUGGAUAAGGGAAACAAGGCCAUGAAAGAGAACGAUUUCGGAGAGGCAGCUGAUAACUUUAGCCGUGCUCUCGAGAUCAGGACUGCUCAUUUCGGUGAACUUGCUCCUGAGUGUGUCCAUACAUACUACAAAUAUGGGUGUGCACUAUUAUACAAGGCUCAGGAAGAAGCUGAUCCAUUGGCAGAUGUGCCCAAGAAGGAGGAUGGAUCACAACAUGGCUCUGCUAAAGAUGGGUCUGUGAAGAGUUCUUUGAAUGCUGAAUCUUCCACUGCAUCUUUCUCAAGUAAUGUUGAGCAGGAUGUGACUUCAAAUGACCAUGGUGCAGCAGUGGAUGAUGAGACCACUAAGAAUGACCAGGAAGAAGAAGAUGAAGAUAGUGAUGCUGAAGACUUGGCAGAAGCUGAUGAGGACGAGUCUGACCUGGACCUGGCAUGGAAAAUGCUGGAUAUUGCUAGAGCCAUUGUUGAAAAGCAAUCUGGCAAUACAAUGGAACAAGUGGACAUAUUAUCAGCCUUGGCAGAUGUUGCAUUGGAAAGAGAGGAUUUUGAAACUUCGCUCUCUGACUACCAGAAGGCACUGUCCAUCUUAGAACAGCUGGUUGAACCAGAUGAUAGAAAAAUUGCUGACUUAAACUUCCGUAUAUGCUUGUGUUUAGAGGUUGGUUCUAAGCCUCAAGAAGCAAUUGCUUAUUGCCAGAAGGCUAUUUGUGUUUGUAAGGCACAAUUACAUCGUCUCACAAAUGAAGUAAAGGGUUAUUCAGAUUUGACAUCUGCUUCUGAGUUAGAUCAAGAUGUACAAACAUGCCCUAUAUCUCAGUCUAAUAACUCAAUUGUGGAUAAACAAGCUGAGAUUGCUACCCUCACAGGUCUCUCAAGUGAGCUGGAAAAGAAGCUUGAAGAUCUGCAACAGUUAGUCGUGAAUCCAACAUCAAUUCUCUCUGAGAUCCUAGGAAUAGCAGCUGCCAAGGCAGGCAGUGGGAAGGAGUUAUCUCUUGGAAAAGUGAGCUCCUCACAGUUGGCUACUGCCAGCAGCAGUGGAGGUUUUGACUCUCCAACUGUUUCCACUGCCCACACCAAUGGAACUACUGGAGUCACACACCUUGGUGUGGUAGGAAGAGGAGUUAAACGAGCAUCAAAUGCCAGUGCGGCAGAAGCAAGCACACCAAAGAAACCAGCGAUAGAAUCAACCGAAGAAAAAGGUGAUGACAAUGCAUGUUGAUGUAUCUAGGUCUUGAUGCUUUUUGAAGGAGUAUUUAGCUCGAACUUUGAAUGCCAUACAUUUUGGGGUAUGGAUAGGAUAAUUUCUCGGAUGUUCCAUGGUAGACUGUUUUCAGGGUAAUAGUGUUAUGCCAUAUAUUCUCCUUUCUGUAGGUUUAUGUGCAGCUACUUUUUCUUGUCACAAGUUUCAAAAUGCAUCAAUGUUAUGCCUACAAAAAACCGUGAAAUGUGCAUCCAUUCUGCUAAACACUGUUAAUUGUCGGAUGCAUGUACCUUUAAGGUUUGGCGCUGAUUAUAGGUUUGAAUAUAUAGUUUUGAUUAGAUGUUGAGGCAUUUUUUUCUUGGUCUGACACAAAGAAGUUUAGGGGGGAGAUAUGUCUCGUUCAAAUGUGGAUUUGAACCCAAGACCGAAAGGUGAAAUCAUUUGAUUUUAUCUUAUCAAUUGAGGCAAUCUUUAUGGGCUAACACAACGUGUCUUUAAUGUCAGGUUUAUUUGGGAGUGAAUUUUUUUUUUUUUGGAAAUUGGAGUGAGUUUUCUUUUGUGUAAUUUCUAUCAGGUUAUUAA